AUGGCUGAUCAACUCCCAACCCUGAACUUUCGAUUCGAGGAGCUUCGUUCGAGGAUGUCUCAGUUUUCCCAAAAAUUCGACUCCUUCAUCGAAAGAGGAAGAAAGCAAGUGUUGGAAGAAAGGAACCAGUUUUAUAUCGAUCUCGCGGAACUUCAAGAGGACCAGCGGAUGAAAGAGAAGGAUAUCGAGAUUCUCAAUUUAAAGCUCCAGACACAUCGGCAAACCCUUCAAAAGGAGAGUGCAGAGGCUGCAGAGAUGCAUGCAGCUAUAUCUCAAAUCAGCCAACAGCGUGAUUCUCGGUCGGCCAUUCGUGACAGGCUCCAGCAGCAAAUAAACGAAACACAACGAAGUAUAAAUCAAAGACUAGAAGCACAGAGGGCACACGCCAAGCAACUGGAACUACAAUCCCGCCAGAACGUACCAGAGUUAGACUUUUGGCAAGACCUGCUGUGUUUGCGAAUCGAAGGGGCUGGAAGAGAAGACCGGCUGAAGAUCAUCUAUACACACCUUUUGGAAAAGGACUGGGAGAGAGAAGCUUGGUUUGAACUUGGAACCGCAGGCCAUGAAUAUGAGGUACUUCAUUGUCGGCCUAAGCUCGAUAAAUCCGCUAUUACCGAAGUUGUUGACAUUGUGAAUGAUGACAGAGACUUUGGUGCUUUCCUCAAGAGAAUGCGGAGACUUUUUGUUGCAGCUUUGAAUUAA